GGCUUCAGGAAGUAAAUCCAACACAGUGACAGGAACAACAUCACGGGACUAUCUUUGCUCUGAGCAGAUAAAUAAAAUAUUACCUGUAAGCGAUCUGUGUACACACCUGUAAUAUAAGACAUCAUGUCUAGGCAGUCGAACAGACCCACCGACAGCAAGAAAAUGAAUUCAGAAUUAUUCACUCUCACAUAUGGAGCCCUGGUCACGCAGCUGUGUAAAGACUAUGAAAAUGAUGAGGAGGUCAACAAACAACUGGAUAAAAUGGGAUACAAUAUCGGAGUGCGUCUGAUUGAGGACUUCUUGGCUCGGUCCAGCGUGGGGAGGUGUCACGAUUUCCGAGAAACGGCCGAUGUCAUUGCAAAGGUAGCCUUCAAGAUGUACUUGGGUAUCACUCCCAGCGUGACCAACUGGAGUCCUGCUGGAGACGAGUUCUCUCUUAUCCUCGAAAGCAACCCCCUGGUGGACUUUGUAGAGCUUCCCGAUAACCACAAUAAUCUGGUCUACUCCAACCUGCUCUGUGGGGUGCUAAGAGGUGCUCUCGAAAUGGUUCAAAUGGCGGUGGAUGUGCGGUUUGCUCAGGACACACUAAGAGGUGACAAUGUGACAGAAAUUCGCAUGAAAUUCAUUAAAAGGAUCGAGGAGAACAUGCCAGCUGGGGAUGAAUGAGCCCGAGAGACUUUUUUGUGUUGGGUUGGGAACCAAAAACUUCUAUUUUGGUCAAGGGAAGACCAAAUAAUCCUCCUUAUGAUACAAUAAAACACUGUAAGUAUUGCUAAGAGAGUCCACCAUCGAGAACAUUCUCUCGAUGUGUCAACAACGAUGACAUGUUCGAUGACUAUUUCAGGAAAAAACGUGUCUCUUUUUGUAUUUGUCUCUAGUGUAUCUUUGUUUUUUUCUUAUUGCGUUUAACUCGGACAUAUGGCACAGAAGGUUUAAUUUAUUUAGCUGUGUAUCGUGAUUGAUUAAAUCAUCAAUAUGAACAACCUUCUACUCAAUAGGUCUUUGACACAAACUAAUAUUUACUCAAAGUUGUAAUAAAGCGCUCAUUUGUGCAAACCAUA